UUAUGUUUAAUGACCUGUAUAACGGGUGCCUGGUCAAGAGCACAUACCGGAACAGUACACAACGCAAUUCCGCAAUUCUUGCUUAGCUCUUACUUCCAAUAGCCCUUUAUUGACGGUGAAAAAGGGACAAAGAUGAAAUUCAGAACGUGUCUGAUUGUCGCACUGGCCUUAGGCCUUAUCCUCGCCCUGGCUGUAGAUUCUAAAUCUUUCAAAGGGAAAAAGAAAGCACAGAAGAAAAAGGUCCACAAGAAGCAAGACGCUCCAACAAAUGCCGGAGGAGCUGGCGGCGAUGCUGGAGGUGCAGCAGGAGGUGCAGCAGGAGGGGACGCAGGAGCAGCAGCUGGCGGUGAUAAGCCUACGCCAGCACCUACAAAGCCAGCCGCCGGUGGAGCAGCCAAACCACCUGCUGGUGGAGCAGCUAAGCCACCAGCUGGAGGAGCACCCCCUCCCGCUGGAGGAGCACCCCCUCCCGCCGGUGGAGCACCUCCUCCCGCCGGAGGACAGCCACCAAUGCCCGGACAGCCACCUAUGCCUGGACAACCACCUAUGCCCGGACAACCACCAAUGCCCGGACAACCACCAAUGCCUGGUCAACCUCCAGUUAACCCACAACCUGGAGCUGAAGAUGGAUCUGGCUCAGGUGCUGGUGCCUUCGGUGUAUCGCCCAUUGUUCUGGGUGGCCACCCACAUCCUGGCCCCCCUCCUGAAAUUAACCUAAUGCCGGUUGAGCCUCGUUACUGUGACGCUCCGUGCCCUCAAGAAUGUGCUCCUGCCUGCAUGGAGUGGUGCUGCUUUCCUGCUAUUCAAGCACCACCGCCUGCACCAGCCAUGCCUGUCCCUGCACCACUUCCUUAUGGUCCUAAUUCUUUCAAUGGUAUUGCUGGUCUCCCACAACCUAUGCCACCUGCAGUAAGCAUGCCAAAUCAAAUGGGACAACCGAUGCCAGCAAUGCCCAUGAUGCCAGGAAUGAAGAAGCAUAAAGUAGCAAGGGAACAAAGCAAAACAAAGAAAAACAAGAAAGAUGCCAACCAUAAGCAGAAUGAGAAAAAAGAAACGAAACUAGAAAGCGAUGCCAAAAAAUGGGAUUAAUCCCAGCGUUUGUCUGACUAAAAAUGUAAAAUAUGUGAAAAUCCUCCUUCUAUAAGGCGUACAACAUUAGCUAAUGGUAAACCGCCUGUCUACAGAUUUCAUAAACUUUUUUGUCUCAAAAUUUUUAGAUUGAAAAUGAAAAUGCACCCUGUAGGGGUAACGACGAGAUAUGCUGAACUAAGUUCAUGUCAUUUUAGUGAACUUUGCAAAGAAAUUUUAAGGUUAAAAUGGGGCUGGUUUACCAUUGCUGUUGAAAAAACUCUUAUUGCGAUAAGCAAUAUGUAGAAAUGAGGUAACUUUUUUAUUUGAAAAGCAUUUGCCUUUUUAUAAACAGUAUAUAUUUGCCGAAAGUUUAUAAAUGAGUAGACUAGAAGGUUCUUUUAUUAUGAAACGAUUUUUUCUUGCUAAGAAUAAUAUUCAAAAAUCAAAACUUUGGGUACGCUAAUGAUCUCGUUGAUUAAUCUAAUGAUAUUGCAGACGGCAAUAUAACUUAAAAAUUCAGGUGAUGAAUUAGUCCAGUUCUCUACAAAA